CUUGGUCGGUUAUUGGUGCUGUGUGGUUGACGACGCGACGCCGAAACUCCUGCGUGCUCCUUCCGUGUCCUUCCGUGGACUGCUAUCCACCCAUAACGCGUUUUAGCCGAACGCACGGCGACCAUCGUGCGUGUGUCCCAGUCGUGGGUGUUCCAGUACGACUGUGUGCGCGUGUGUUUGUGUGAGUGUGUAUGAGUGCAAAUUAUGAAUAAAAAGUAUUCGAAACAAACACAAGCUGCACUACUCGUAUGAGCAAAAGGAUAACAGAGCAAAACAAGGUAGUCUCCAAACAGAAAUUCAUAUUCCUAAAGAAGUUCUCGCGCGCCACCGAAAGGGGGAAUCCCUCGUACUGUUUUGCCAACGUUUUGACAAAUUAAAAUGCAUAAAUUAUGAAUGAAAGUACCGUUACGUGCGUGACAAGCAAUCAUUUGUUAUUACUAUGCACGUGGCCAGCCAACUCUUAAGGCUAGAAAAGCGAAGAGAACACCUCCAUUGAAGUCCUGCCAAGUUCUCUACACUCCCGCGAAUCGCGACUCCAAGGUCCAAGCGGCACCUCAGCGGCUCCUUAAGCUUGGCCAGCCAAAGAAAAAACGAAGAAAAAUACCAGUCAUAAACCUCCUGGCACACGGACACUUUUGCUGAUGUUUCAAUUAAAUACAGUGCGUUCAGCGACAGACAGCACAGAGCAACAAAACCCGGAGUAGUGGAAGCCCGAAAAUAGAAAUAGAACGAGAACGAGAAAUAAACAGAGAAAGGGAAGGACCCAUUGCCAAAUAGAGGAGGAGCAAACACAAAUAGGGAAAAACGCGCACAGCAGACAGGAUAUGGCAUGUAAAUGCGACUGAGGUCUGUGUGUUUGUGUGUUUGUGUGUUUGCGUGGGGGUGUGUACUGUACAGUGGAGCACGCUUAAUAGGAGAAGCAAAUAGCAACGAGCUCAUGGAAAAUAAAUAUAAGUAAGCAGACGACAGAGCGAGCCAGAACAAGAAAAGCAAUUGGCUGACGCUUUCCCUCGUUGGCGGUCAAGGGAAAAUUUAUUGCAUUGCACAAAUGAGACAAGAGGAAAACGCAAACGAAGCAAAAGCAAACACAGAUAGAGCUAGUGGCAGCGGUACAGUUCGAGGAAUAGGGGGACAAAUAAGAAAAAUAACCAAAUAUUCCGCAACAAAUUGAAAAAUUAAAGUUUCACCCAAGACGAAGCUUGUUCGCUGGAAAUAGAACGAAAAAGCGUACAGAGAAAGUGGAAGACAGUGUGAAAAGUAUAGAAAGAGAAGGUUAAUGCAACAGCACCAUGGAUGCCCCACAAUAUAAACGUUGCCAUCUCAUUCUCGCCUGGAUGCUUCUACAACUCUGCUACGAAGCCGCGGAAUGCCUGACAAUGACCGAAAUCAAAAUACCCAAGCACAUAAUGCGGCACGAGGAUGCCGCGCUCGGUUGCAAGUUUGAUCUGGAUGGAGAGUCGCUGUACUCCGUUAAAUGGUAUAAAGAUGGCUUCGAGUUCUAUCGCUAUGUGCCGAGGGAUAUGCCGCCAGGGCAGGUCUUUCCCCUGCCAGGAGUUGAUGUUGAGUUGCAAAAUUCCACGGACGUGGUUGUUGUUUUACGUUCGGUUAGCCUUCAGUCGACUGGACGGUAUCGCUGCGAAGUGUCCGGCGAGGCGCCUUCGUUUCAGACAGUUUCCGGUCACGAGGACAUGAUUGUUGUGGUGACACCAAAGCAUGGACCACAGAUCACUGGCGGACAGCCACGCUACCAAAUUGGCGACAUGGUGCGCGUCAACUGUACCUCGGCGGCCUCGAAGCCCGUUUGCCAUCUCAGUUGGCUGAUUAACGGGAUGCACGCGAAUCGCUCCCUGCUGCGCCCCUACGAGCCGCUGACUGUGGGCCGCGAGGGUCUGGAGGUGGCACGACUGGGGCUGGAGUUUCGCGUCCGCGGAUGACAUUUCAAGCACGGCGACAUGAAGCUAAAGUGUGUCGCCAAAAUCUCGUCCGUGUAUUGGCAGAGCAACGAGGAGAGCGUGGAGAGUGACAAGCACCAGAGAAUACCCGUUCUCGAGUCACGGGAGACGGUCAUGUCCAAGUCCCGCCAGUCGCUGGACAAGUCCCAGUCCCCGCUGGAAGAUAAACAACUGAAGAAGAGUCGACGCCCCGCAGCGGCCACAUCAGCGGCGGCAAGUGCCGCCUCCUCCAGUGCGGCAGCAGCAUCAUCAUCAUCAGUUUGGGGCACGGUAGCGGGCUCAUCUGCGUUCUGGUCACGCAUAUUAGCUUCCAAAUCAAUUGCACGCAUUUCCCUCUACGCGCUGCCAGUCUUAAUAGCAUUUCUGUGUAGCCUUCCCACGACCAUUCAGGGGAGCGGUUGCUGCUCCUGCCCUUGGAGAUGGACUUGCAACAGGAGGAUGGCCGGCAGCAGGCGGCUGUCGACCCAAUUAAACGUGGACGCUGCUCCACGUAGAUAACAAUUAACAAAGAUGUUGGCCAAUAGAGAUGAUGAGGAGGAGGUGGAGGCGGAAAAGCAUCUUUUGUUUGAUUUGAAAAUCCCAUCAAGUUCUUUGUAAAUAUUUGAAUUUACAUCAAGUAUACGCCGCAUAUUGGUCCUGCUUCACUGUGUGUCUGUACAUAUCUAUAAAUAAUUAUUAGAUGGAGUCUAUUUAUAGCAUAGAAUGUCGUUGUUCCUCUUUGGGCUUUCUGCUUCUUAGCUCCUAAGAAAAAUGCUCAAAGUUGUUUGCUAAGAAAUACAAAAAAAAACAAAUAAAAUAAAAGUGAAGAAAACAAAUAAAGAAAAAACAGAAACAAAUAUCUAAAAUGAAGACAGACGAAGAUAUACGUAUGCUUAACAUAUAUUGUAUAGACAUUUUAAGCCCAAGUAAGUAGCCAAAACGAUUAGGUUUUAAGAUAUCCCAAAAUUUAAUCAUUUCAUAGUCUAAGCAUAUCCUUUGGAUGAAGAACGAAAAUAAUCUUAGUAUUUGUGUUAGAGAUAAUGAACGACUAAGAUUUAGAAUCAGCUAAAAGGUUGAUCCAAACUAAAGCUUAAAAUAUAGGCAACGUAGAACUGGAAUAGUUUGAGAAUAUAAUGCAAAGCUCUGUAUAAAAUUCAUUUAAAAUCCUUGUACAGGCGUACAAAAAUAAUUAAAACCUGAAUCGAUAUUUAUUAUUUUCCUUAGUUUUUGUAUUGCUUUUUCCAUUGCUUAACUUUAGGAAUAAAAGAAAUAAGAGUAGCAUAAGAUUGUAUAUAUUUUAAGGAUAGUUUUCUUGAUACGUUUUGAAAGUAAAGUAGAUUUUAUGAACUGGAGGUGGAUGUGUGUCGAAUAAUUGUAAAAUGUAAUUAGUUUUCGUAGACGACACUCUUCCCUUUCUAAUACCAAAAUACCAGCUAUUGACCGUGAAAAGCUAUGUAAUUGUAAAGCGUACGCAAA